UCCCACUCAAACUAAGACACAGACAGAGACACAGACAUGGGGCACAAAGACAGAGACAAAUCCAAAGACAAGCGACGCCAAGAGAUCUCCCUCCUCCGAACUAUCCCUUAUUCUGAUCAUCAGAGGUGGUGGUCCAAGGAAACUGUCGCUGUUGUCACCGGGGGAAACAGAGGAAUUGGGUUUGAGAUUUCCAGACAGCUUGCCGGCCAUGGAUUGACUGUGAUCCUCACAUCCAGAGAUGCUAGUGUUGGCGUUGAAUCCACCAAGGUCUUGCAAGAAGGUGGCCUUGAUGUUGACUGUCACCAGCUUGAUAUAUUAGACUCUUCGUCCAUCAGCGAUUUUACCGACUGGUUGAAGGAAAAACAUGGUGGUCUAGAUAUUCUGAUAAACAAUGCUGGUGUUAACUUCAACUUUGGAUCUGAUAACUCUGUUGAGAAUGCCCGUAUGGUUUGUGAAACAAAUUACUUCGGUACCAAGAGGAUGAUCGAAGCUAUGAUCCCAUUGAUGAAGCCUUCUUCUCACUGUGCUCGCAUUGUAAAUGUGAGCACUCGUCUCAGUCGACUAAGUAGCAAGCGAAAUAAACUGGAGAAUGAAGAAGUGAAGGCACAACUAAGCGAUGAAGAAAACCUGACAGAGGAAGUGAUUGAUGGGAUGGUGAACAAAUUUCUGCAGCAAGCAGAAGAUGGGACAUGGAAGGAAGGAGGAUGGCCUCCAUCACACACAGACUACACGGUGUCGAAGCUGGCGGUGAAUGCAUACACAAGAUUCAUGGCAAAGAAGCUGUUAGAGAGGCCAGAUGGUGAGAAGAUUUACAUAAACUGUUACUGUCCAGGUUGGGUGAAGACCGCUCUCACAGGUUAUGCAGGGAACAUGACUGUUGAGGAAGGUGCUGAUACUGGUGUCUGGCUUGCCCUUCUUCCUGAUCAAGCCAUUACUGGCAAGUUCUUUGCAGAGAGAAGAGAGAUCAAGUUCUGAGAAGAUGUGUUUUUGGGGGUUAUAGUUAUAAAAAUAGAGCUUGCUAGAGAGAAGCUAAGAAAUCUGGUUGUGUGUGAAUGGGAAGCAAUUUAUUCAUGUUUUUGUAUUGAGAUGAAAAUGAUAGAAUUAACUAGAAUGGACCUGAUGAAUCCAUUGAUGUGGCAUCCAGAGAGGUGUUUUCAAGCACUCAAGUGAUUGCGAGUUCAGACCAUGUCUGAUGACAUUAUGAGCAUGAGUUCACAAUCAGUUUGAAGUUGUUGCUGCGUCAUGUUCAACAAUCAACACCUUUAUAUAUUUA